UUUGAGUUAUCGGAUGGAGAAUCAAUCUUUUCUUGGUGUUAAGAUCAGUGAAUUUGUAUGAUUCCACUUUGGUUAGAGUUCACCACACUGUUAAACUACAUGGUGUGAGCUGGAGAUUGUCUCAUGUGUAAUAAAGGAAAAGUUGAUCAACAACAACAUACUAAUCAAGUUGUGUUUUCCAUGGAUUCAACUUCAUCAACCCCGGCAUCUGCCUUGGCUCCCUCCACCCCUGGUCCCAAUGACGAAAUCCCGCGUAUAAAAUUCUUGUGUAGCUUCUUAGGUAGCAUUUUGCCUCGACCCCAAGAUGGGAAGUUGAGGUACGUUGGUGGAGAAACGCGAAUCGUAAGCGUUCCCAGAGAUAUAAGUUACAAGGAAUUGAUGAGUAAGAUGAGGGAGCUUUAUGAUGGAGCAGCAGCUCUGAAAUAUCAGCAGCCAGAUGAGGAUCUUGAUGCUUUAGUGUCAGUUCUGAAUGAUGACGAUGUGAUUAACAUGAUGGAAGAGUAUGAGAAGUUGGGUUCAGUUGAUGCCUUCACUAGGCUUAGGAUAUUUUUGUUCCCAAAUCCUGACCAAGAUGGUUCAUCACACUAUGUUGAUGGGGAUGACAGGGAGACUGAGAGGAGGUAUGUGGAUGCUUUGAACAGUUUAAAUGAGGGCUCUGAUUUCAGGAAGAGUGACUCGCCUGUGAUGGCUCCAGUUUUCGAUGAUUUUCAUUUAGUAGAACAAUUCUUCAACAGUAUGAGUAUUGAUGCUGGCCUUCAUAGUCAGAGGAGUGGCGAGAUGUUUAUGCCACCUUAUAACUUGCAUCAUCUUACUAUUCCUCGUAUGGGGUCUGGGCAACUCCAGCAACCAGUUCCUCAGAGAUACAAUGAAAUGGAAGGUCUUUGGAGUCCUGCUUACUAUUCUCCAAGACAAGCUGGACAUCAUGAUCCUCGAACUCCAUCAGAGUUUCCAGUUUCACCAUCCACUCGUUACCGAGUACCGUUUACAGACGGACAAGACAAAUGCUUGGAUCAAAUGCCAGAAGAUUAUGUGCGGCAGAAAUUAAAUCAUCAUCUUCAAUUCGAACACCAGCCACAGUUUUCAGAUAAUGUAUCAUGGAUGCCAACUGGAGCUAUUUCUGGUGAUAAGGCUGGUGUUUUUCCUGCUAACAUGCUUCACGGUCAUGGUGUAUAUGAGGGGAAAACCAUCUGCGAGCACUGUAGGGCUACUUUCAGUAGGAAUCAACCACAACUUUUGGAGCAUUCCAACAUGGGAAAGAGUGGACCUCAGGUUAAUAGUCCAUGUGAGUGCCCCCCAAACCAGGAAGCUUUCAUGUUGAAUGCGGAUGGAAAAUUGCAUCAUGUGACUGAUCCCAUUUCUCCUUAUGGUGAAGCACAGAAUUAUGAAAGAGGGAUGGUUUUGCAGCACCAACUGAAACCUCGUCUUGAGGAACUGAGAAAUCAUGUACAUGGAGCUGGAAGGUUGAAUGACCAUUACGUUCUUGAUGGUGCUGGCAUGAAUUUACCACUUGGGCAUGCUACUUUAGCUGAUGGCCAUCAUCUGCCCUCAAAUUAUGUUCCUCGCCGAACUGGAUCAGAAUUUGGGAAUGAAGCAUUUCAUGAUCAAACCUUGGUUGCUUCUACCCACAUGCACACUCCUCUUGAAGAACGUGGAGUCCACUAUGGGAAUUACCCUUGCCCAUAUGGAGGAGAUAAUAUUUACCACUCGUCACAUGGACAUGUACAUGUACAUGCACAAUCUUUAUGGCGAAAUGUGCAGAGCCCAACUCAUGGUGCCCCUCCUUAUGAAGCAUCUGGCUUACCCCAGCAAGUAAGUACUGCAGUUAAUUCAGCAUUUUUUAAGGGUCUGGCAGAAGGUAGUGCAAGGCUUUGUGUUGCAACAGAUAAUCAAAAUCCUUGGGUCGAGUCCUCACAAAAGAUGCUAGGUUUUGAUGCGACUGCUGUUCAAGAAAAUGCUUAUGGCCAUGCUCUCAAGGUGAUCGUUGGUCCUCAUGGUCAGGAAACUCAACACCCUGUUACUAUAGAAUCAGAUCAAUGCCCACAAGACGCAUUAAAUUUUGCCCCUUCCACAGAACAUGCUCUAAAAGAUCAGCAUUCAACUUUAAUCCAUGAUAAAUCUGUUUCCAGUAACAACCCAGAACCACAAGAUGAUUCCAAUGCUACAGGAGCAUUGAGGACUGAGGACAAACAUGUUCCCAUGGAAGAUAAAGGAGUAAAUCAUGAUGCAAAGAUUGGAAAAUCUGAUUUUCCAAAUAUGUGUUGUCUGGAGCAAAAUAAGAUUACUGAAAAUUUAGCAUCGAUUGAACAUAGCAAUUCAAAUUUUCAAGAAAUUGCUGUAAAGGGUGAUGAGCCUGAAAAACCUGGUGAAAGAGACCCUAGUGCUGCUGAAAAUUCGAAGCUUUCUGUAAAUCGUAUGAGUUUCAUACCAGAGUUUGUUGCUUCAGUUAAAAAAACAGCUUUAGAAGAGGUUGAAGAAGUGAAAGUCAAAGUUGAAUAUGGUGCCUCCAUGAAGCAUGAUGCAGUUGAAAAUGAAGCUGCUGCGGAUGAACCUGAAUCAGUGAAUGCCCAUGCCGAGUUAGAAUUGGAUUAUGAUAAUGACAACAUGUCCCCUUCCAAAAUAGAGCCGACAAAAGCUGAGGAAGAAGCAAUUGCAAGAGGCUUACAGACUAUUAAAAACGAUGAUCUAGAGGAUAUCCGAGAAUUAGGCUCCGGAACAUAUGGGGCAGUUUAUCAUGGCAAGUGGAAAGGUUCUGAUGUAGCUAUUAAGAGAAUAAAAGCCAGCUGCUUUGCAGGGAGGCCUUCUGAAAGAGAACGUUUGAUUGCGGAUUUCUGGAAAGAAGCUUUGAUAUUGAGUUCUUUACAUCAUCCGAAUGCUGUUUCUUUCUAUGGUAUAGUUCGUGAUGGUCCGGAUGGAUCCUUAGCUACUGUUACUGAAUUCAUGGUUAAUGGAUCCUUGAAGCAAUUUUUACGGAAGAAAGACAGGACUAUUGAUCGUCGUAAGAGACUCAUCAUAGCCAUGGAUGCUGCAUUUGGAAUGGAGUAUUUGCAUGGAAAGAACAUUGUACAUUUUGAUUUGAAAUGUGAAAAUCUGUUGGUAAAUAUGAGAGAUCCACAGCGUCCAGUGUGCAAGAUUGGUGAUUUAGGCUUGUCAAAGGUCAGACAGCAUACAUUAGUUUCUGGAGGGGUUCGUGGAACUCUACCGUGGAUGGCACCUGAGCUUUUGAGUGGUAAAAGUAACAUGGUCUCUGAAAAGAUUGAUGUCUACUCUUUUGGGAUCGUCAUGUGGGAGUUACUUACUGGCGAAGAACCAUAUGCCGAUAUGCAUUGUGCUUCUAUAAUUGGGGGAAUCGUAAACGACUCUUUACGUCCAGCAAUACCAGUAUGGUGUGAUCCAGAGUGGAAGGCUUUGAUGGAGCAGUGUUGGGCCUCUGAUCCCGCAGACAGACCUUCGUUUUCAGAAAUAUCUCAGAAGCUGAGGAACAUGGCCGCGGCUAUAAAUGUAAAAUAAAGGCAAAUCCGAAGCAAAGAAUUUAACUUUCUCGCCAUCAUACUGGGAAAAUAAAUAAUUAAAUAAAUAAAAGGAGCAUUAAUGCAGUUUAAUGCCGUCUAUUGGCUAAUAAUAAACUACUAUAUUAUGCAUAUGCCACUGGUUCUAAAGAGUGCAAAUAUGUACACUGUGGCCUCUGGGAGACUUCAUGAUACGCCCGUGAAAGCUUUGCUCGAAAUGGUUUCUUAUGAUCGUUAUCGUGUUUCGACUUCCCCACUCAGGACUUUUGCUGUUCUGAUAGCCAUCAAAGCUGGCGGAACUGUGGGAGAAUGCAUCUGUCGUAUGAGGUGGGGCUUCUUUUUUGUUUUCCUUUUCUUGAUAAGAUGCAUAUACAUUUAUGGUGAACCAAUAAUGUACAUAGCUUAAGAACUAAGGCAAAGUGGUACG